AUGAGCGCCGAUAUAGAGAGAAUCGCCCUUGGACUCAAGAAUGUGCAUGAUCUCUGGGCCAAUGUAAUUCAAGUUGCCCUAGCCGCCUGGCUACUCGAGAAGCAGACGGGUGUUGCCAUCGUGCUACCUCUCGUGGUAGCAGCUGCCUGCGGUUAUGGGACCUUGAAAAUCAGCAUCGCGGCGGGCGACCAACAGGUCAGCUGGCUCAAACACCUGAGGAAUGCCGAGCUGCAAGAAGCAGCAAAGUUCCGCUGGUGGGAUGUCAGCGCGACGGCCAUGGGCUUUGUGCCCGUCAUGAUUAAUCCUGUUCUUACCUUCGCCAUUUUCAUUGCGGUUACGAAUACAGGCUCACAGCCGCUGGAUGCUUCGCGGAUGUUUGUCUCAUUGUCUUUCUUGACAAUCAUGUCACGUCCUCUUAGUAGGCUUUUCCAAUCUGGCCCCAUGAUCUCGGCCAUGAUUGCAUGCUUCAAUCGGAUUGGGGAAUUUACCGAGACGAAGGAAUGGGACGACCCAAAGGUUGACGCCAAGGAAGACGGUGAAAAUGAAUGGGAGGUUAACAUCAGCGGUGGCUUAGCUGGGCGCAGGAGGUCAAGCCAGUUCUUCAAAAUGUCGACGCCUCCUUCCCUCGGGGCAAGCUCACGAUGGCUAGUCUCCCCUUUCACGCAUUCCCUUCCCAUUCCUACGGUACUUUCUGUUAACCUUGAAGUGUCAUAG